AUUGACAAGUAACAAAUAAGCCAAACCGGUAAAAUAUCAAAAUAUUUACAAAUUUGAAUUUAUGUUUUAUGUUAGGAGAUUUAUUACUAUAACGAUUAAAUAAGAAGUUGCAAUGGAUACUCCGGGAAUAAGUUUAUUUCAAGGGGCUGACAUUCAGUUGAGCAACUCGAAAAACGUGGAGGAAGAGGAAGACCUGGAAGAUCAGUUGCGCAGAAAAGAGGAGCUUCAAAAUUUGCUGCAAGCAAAUCUAGAUGACUUUAAAUACGAGGAUAGCACUAUAAAUUCGUCUCCAAAUUUGUCAUUAAUCAGUAAUGAUAAUUUGGCAUCUUCUCUAUAUAAGGACCAUUUUCAACCCAAUGAUCAACUUAAGGCACUGUUCGAAAUAAGAUGUAGAGAGCUACAAGAUGUAAGAGAAGAAUUUGAAAAAUACAGGACUGAUACGUCAAAGGAACUAGAGACACAAAAGAGACAAAAUCUGUUGCUUGAAUCCGAACUUUCACGAUUUAAAAUCAGCUUGAAGAACUCUGAAGUGUUACUUGCUGAGAAAGUUGAUGUGAUAAACAAUCUAAACAAAAAUUUGGCAGAAAAAAAUGCAAACAUUGCACAAUUAGAAGCCCAUUUAAAAAAUUUGGAAAUAGAAUUAAUGGCCCACAAAUCUGAAAUUGACCAGUUAAACUUAAAAUUGCAUUCUCAAAACGGUCCAUUUAACUUGAAUGCAAAAUACAAUUCAGAAGAACUACGACAGUCUUUACAAGUGAAAAUUGAGAAGCUUGAACAGAUUCUGGACGAGAGGACAAAACAAUAUGAACUAUUAAAAUCCGAAAAUAGUUUGUUAAAAGAUGACAUUGAAAGAUUGUCAUUGGAAAAACUUUCUUUAGAGCAAGAUAAUCAGUUACUCUUAAGAUCCAUGGAUGAUGCACAACAACAAUGUAGGGACUUGAUAGGUGUCAUAGAAGUUUUGAAAAAAGAAAAUGAUCAUUUUAAAGGAAGAUUAAGGGAGCUAGAACAAAAUUUAAAGACUGAUGGUUUCAUAGGCAGUCCAAAUGAGAAGCUAAAAAAAAUGCUUGUUGAUAAAUCAGUAGAGUUAGACAGUUUAACAGCAAAACUUAAGCACUAUGAAUCUGACAUGAAAGAGCUUAUUGAAUAUAGACAGCUUAAAACGGAUAUUUAUAAAAAGGACUUUCAAAAGUGCAAUAACCAAGUACAUACCAAGGAUCUGUUAGUAAUGCAAAAUGAGCUUCAGAACUAUAGGCGAACAAUAGAAGAUAAAAAUCAGCAAAUUCUUAUCCUAAAUUCUAAUAAUAAGGAUCUCAAGGAAAAAAUUGAAGAAAUGCUUUUGCAAACUCGGAAUGAUAUUCAAAAUAUUUCUGCAAAAUACAAUAUGCCUCAAUUAGAGAGUAUGCAAAGGGAGCUGGAAAAAGCUGAAUAUACUCAGAAAAUGUUAAAUAAAAAAUUGGAGGAAUCUGAACAGCGUCGCUUGAGCUUGCUUCAAAAACUAGAAAAUGAAGAUAAAAAUAAAAAAACUGAAACGUCAGACGACAUAGAAAAAUAUAGAAAGAACCUAAAGACUCUCAGUGAUAAGCUGAGGAGAGAACGAGAUCAAAAUAGGGAGAUCUUUGAGAAAAUGAAAGAACAGGAAGAUGAAAUAUUAUCACUAAGAAGCGAACUAGAAGACUUAAACAGCAAUAAACAAAAAAGCACUUGUUUAGAUCCAGAGACUAGCCAAAUUAAAUCUGAAUACCAAACGUUAAAAAAUCAAUUAAAAAGCGUUAUGGAGCAUUUGGAAAAAAGUAAUAUUAAAAAUAGCCGUAAAGAGCUCCCAGAAGCAGUAAGAGAGAUCACAGAACAAUUUGAUGCACUUUUAGUAAAAUUAAACUCUGAAAACUUGGAGAAGGGCAUUAUAGAGGAGCAGGUACAGUGCUGGAAAAAAAUGUUACUGGAGGUAGAUUAUAAAGAUUCUGAUGAAGCCUUGAAAUCUCAAUAUAAAGAAGCUAUCGCAAAAUUACACAAAUCCCAACAGAAACUGACAGAGUUAGAAGAAAACUUGCAAGAUCUUAAAAAUUCUUUAACCAUAUCAGAGGGUGAAAAAUGUAGCAUCAAUGUUGAGCUGAAGGAGUGCGCUGCUCAAUUGCAGAAAUCUGAAACUGAAAGGAAAAGAUUAGAAAAGGAAAUUGAGAACUUAAAUAAUAUUUUGAGAACUCAAGAAGAUCAACUCAAUGAGUUAAGGAAAACGGAAAGGACAGAAAGGGGUGAUGGAGACUGCAAAAUUGAAAAAGUUGCGAGCAUUGGGUUUCAAAAAGAUAUUCAAGAGUUAACCAUGAGACUCCAAAAUAAGGACAAGGAAUAUAAUAUCCUACUUAAAACAAUGAAGAAUCUAGAACAGGAACAAAGUGAAACCUUAACACGAUUAGAAGCAUUAAAGCAGGAAAUUGAAAAACUUACCCAAGAAAAUUCUAAAUUAGCUGAAGAACUUAAAGAUAGGAAAAACCAUAUUAACAACUUAAAGAGCUCAAAAAAUGCGGAAAUGGAAAAUGAAUUUAAGAAUCAACUUGAAGAAGAAAUUGUAAAAACCGAAUUAAAAAUUCGUGACGACUUGCAACUUGAGUAUCAAAAGCGAAUUGCAGAUAUUGAAAAAAGGUAUCAGAAAACAUUCAAAGAAGUUACAGAGGUAUGCAAAACUCAGAAAGUUGAAUUGGAACAGCAGGAGAAAAAGUUUCGAGAGUACCUUAAAACGGUUUUAACUGAAUGCGAAAACUGCACGACAAAACUGGAAAAUGAAAAACUGGAGUUAGAAAAUCAGUUACAAGUAAUGCAAAGUGGCUUUGAAAAAUAUAAGUUAGCGGUGACCAAUCAGGAACAAAAAUAUGUUAAUGUAUUAAAGAAAAUGGAGACGGAGACAAAAAAAAAUAAUGAAGCUUGGAAAUUAUGGUCUGAAAAAGUAGUCUGUAGCUGUCUAGAUAUAGAAGCAACAAACAAAAAGGUUAGAGACAGAGUCUUGUCAAGCAUGGAUCGAUAUGACCAAGAGGUUGAAUCAAUUCAAAGAGUUGCUGACGCCAAAAUGAAGAAAAAAAGUAGUAAAGAAAAAAGUUAAUUUUGCAACGUAGAAUAGGAUCAUUUUUUAGUUCAAGCAGUAUUAGGAUUUAUUAUAAAUAAAAAGAUUUUAUAAAAUUA